AUGAUCGAUCAUGAUCAUGGAUGUAGACACCCAGAUGUUCAGUUAUGUAAUGAUCUUCCACUUGAGCUUGCUCAGAAUUCUACUGGUUCCCUGUAUUUAGUGCAAAUAACAUCUGAUGGGAUAAAAUGGAAGGAAACCUCCUUUCCCAUCAAAUACAGAGUAACUUCCUUAAUUGGAGAAGGGGGAAUGAGAAACUGUUAUAACUGUGACUUGUUGUCAUCAAAUGUGUUGGACACAACUCUGGCCUAUGUGGUUAAGACUUACAAGGAUUCAACAAUAAGAACAAUGUAUGAAAUCCACUAUAAGCCGCAUUUAUCAAAAUCGAAGAAUGAAGCUAUCAUCUCUAUGACUAAAAAGGAAGUGCAAUCUCAAAUGUCAGCAAGAAUGUUGUCUUUAAAUUUCAAAGACGUCAUCCCAAAAGAGUUUGGAGAAGCGCCAAGAAUCAUUCCAUGUUAUAUGAUACAAGACAACAAUAGUCAUCAUGUGUACGUGUUAGAAGAAAAAUUAAAAGGAAAAUUUGUUAAGUACAUGAAUAAUGACGGAAGA